AUCAAUCUGUCAACUCAUCUCUGUCCCCAUCACCCCAGACCUGCACUGCCCAAGUUUCGAGGCACUGUGGGUUAUCUAUAUUCUAACCUUUUCCAAAGACUCAUCGCUACGACUAAGUAACAAGAUGAUUACCGGUAUUCUUUUGAAAACGUUUCGAGCAAUUUCGGGCCCAACAGUGCUGGCACCACUGAAACAAAUUUGUAGCAAAUCGGGAGCUUCUCCGAUACUUGCUCCAAGUGCAUGUGGGAACUUAACAUUUGUGAGAACGAUUGUGAGACGUCAUUUCCCACGACCAUCGGAAACCAAAAGAAUCAAAGUACAUGGAUGGCUUAAAAGGAUGUCAACACCUAAUGGAAGAAAGAUUCUCAUGAGAAGAAUUUUGAAAGGCAGACACGUGCUUAGUCACUAAACAGCCAAAAAAUUUAGUGUAAAUAUAUAGAAAAUGCUUGAAAUAUAAACAGGUCGCCGA